AUGAUUGUGCUGGGAAUUGAAGGAAGUGCAAAUAAGCUGGGAGUAGGGAUUGUUAGAGACAAGGAAAUUCUUGCAAAUCUGAGAAAAACGUACGUGCCACCAGCAGGAGAAGGUUUCAUUCCUGCCAAGGCUGCAGAACACCACAGAGAACAGAUCCUACAGCUAGUUGAAGACUCACUUAGAGCUGCCUGCAUUUCACUAGAGCAAGUAGAUGCAUUCGCAUACACACGUGGGCCUGGAAUACAGCAGUCACUUGUGGUAGUAGCCACGGCUAUUAGGACAUUGGCCUUAAUGCACAACAAACCGAUCAUACCCGUGAAUCAUUGUAUUGCACACAUUGAAAUGGGAAGACUGGUCACCAAUGCGGACAAUCCCGUUAUACUAUACGUAAGUGGAGGCAAUACACAAAUAAUAGCAUACUCAGAGAAGAGAUAUAAGAUAUUUGGAGAGACGCUUGACGUAGCCGUGGGUAAUUGUCUAGAUAAACUAGCAAGAGUAUUAAACCUUGAUAACUAUCCUUCUCCAGGGUUGUCAAUAGAAAAAAAGGCAAGAGAGGGCAGAAGCUACAUAGAACUGCCUUAUACGAUAAAGGGGAUGGAUAUGUGCUUCAGUGGAAUAUUAUCACAGUUAAAGAAGCUUGUUGGGAGGCAUAGUGUCGAAGAUUUGUGCUAUUCAGCACAGGAGACAAUGUUCAGCAUCUUAAUUGAGGGAACGGAAAGAUGUAUGUCAUUUGUUGGAUCAAAGGAAGUACUGAUAGUUGGAGGUGUUGGAUGUAAUGAGAGAUUACAAGAAAUGAUGAACAUAAUGGUACAAGCAAGAGGAGGAGUGCUUCAUGCGACAGAUGAGAGAUUCUGUAUUGACAAUGGUGCCAUGAUUGCGUAUACUGGACUGUUAAUGUAUCAGAGUGGACAGCAAGUUGAGAUUGAGGAUUGCGAUGUAACACAGAGAUUUAGGACGGAUUCAGUGGAGGUUACAUGGCGUAAUUAA